AACAUCCCCCCGAAGCUUGUUUUUUCCCUCCCAGCUUCCGACUUGCCCACGACUAACCUCAAAGUCACCUCAUACUAACCUCACCUGCAGUGAGGGGCACACGUGCAGUGGUUGCCUCCAUCCACGGCCCUGUGUUUGCCACCCCGAGGCCACAAACUCCCGUGGGGGUUGUGCUUCUCCUUGCACCUUCUUGACCCUUGGGUUAGCAAGCACAGUAAUUGUUGCCUUGAGCAAACGCCCUCGACUAGCGCCGAGGCUCAACCACUAAUCGUACUGCAUUCAGCGACCCGAUCACAAAAUGUCCUUGGUUUCGGGUCCUGGUAGGGCUGUUGGGACCACCCCAUCCAGCUUGAACCUUAGUGUCGAAAGACAUGUGGAAUACAUCAAGAACUUGGACAGCAGGAGGGAUGAGCUAGAAUAUUGGCUCACAGAGCACCUUCGCCUAAAUGGGGUGUAUUGGGGUCUAACAGCUCUACAUCUCCUUGGCCGCCCAGAUGCUCUUCCUCGCGAAGACACCAUCAAUUUCGUACUCUCCUGCCAACGGGAAGAUGGGGGCUUUGGAGCUGCCCCGGGCCAUGAUGCGCACAUGUUGUACACGGUGUCGGCCGUGCAAAUUCUCGUAACUCUAGACGCGAUCGACGAACUGGAGAAGCGCGGUCUAGGAGGAAAAGAGAAAGUUGCCUCCUUCAUCGCAGGGCUACAGGAUAAGGACACUGGCGCUUUCAUGGGCGACGAAUGGGGCGAGCGGGAUACACGCUUCUUGUAUGGCGCCUUCAAUGCCCUCUCCCUUCUUGGGCUCCUCGACACAGUCGAUGUACCCAAAGCCAUUGCCUACGUCCAGCAGUGUGAAAACCUGGAUGGCGGCUAUGGAAUUCAGCCUGGAGCUGAAUCGCACGCUGGCCAGAUCUUCACUUGUGUAGGAGCUCUGGCAAUUGCCGGGCGACUAGACUUGGUGAACAGGGACCGUCUAGGGGGCUGGCUCAGCGAAAGACAAGUUGACAAUGGGGGUCUGAAUGGACGACCCGAGAAAUUACCAGAUGCAUGCUAUAGCUGGUGGGUCGGGGCUAGCUUAGCUAUGAUUGACCGACUCCAUUGGAUUGAUAGUGGCAAGCUUGCUGCUUUCAUCUUGCGUUGUCAGGAUUCGGAGGCCGGGGGUAUCGGAGACCGUCCAGGCAGCAUGGUUGAUGUGUUUCAUACCCAUUUUGCCAUUGCCGGGCUAAGUCUUCUGAAGUUCGACGGUGUCCAAGAAGUAGACCCAGUCUAUUGUUUACCGAAGACAAUAACACUGAAAUAUCUGUCCCGGUAGUAUUUGGUUGUAUCUUCGUCUCGACUAUUAUGCUCUCUUUCUGUAGGCCUCACCUCCUGCAAUCUAAUAACCCGUUUUUCUUUGUCCAUGGAUCAUGGGAUACAAGGCAGGAGAAGAGCAAUUGGCACUGCGACUUAUUUCCGCUUCAUACCCCCUCACAAUAGCUUGAUAAGAGGCUGUUAAGACGCAGUGGCACAUGAUUCAUAAUUAUUUCACAACCUACGGUAGUUAGAUAGUAGCCAAAUCAGAACCAUACGUUUUCC